AUGGCGAACGAGUUGCUAAGCAAGAAGUGGGGGUCACUGAUGCUAGUGUGUGUGACAAUAUGCUUAUGGGGAUGCAGUAGUAAUCACGUCGCUUCGAGCGAUGAUGCACAAUUCGAAGAUCUUGUCGCCGAAGGGGCCUUGAGGCAAUUUGCCAUGGCGUGGAUUUCUGACAUACAUUUGCAGCCCCUUUACUCCACGCUGCCUUGUCCGGAGGAACGCUGUGGCAAGCCGAGUAGGGAGCCGACCAAUUCUUCCGAACCCUCCAGAAGACAAUGCCUCGAAAUGGAAACUGCUCCUGAGUUGGGGCGUGCGGGAUGUGGUUCUUCUCCCAGACUGUUAGAUGAAACCCUCAACUUUUUGGAAGGUCUCGUAGCUGAAAGCCACGCAGCAGCAGCUGCAGAUCGCCCCCCUACAUCUUCUACGGUUUCCUUGGCCGCAAAAGCAGCGUUUACGCACUACCCUUUGCCACCCAUUACUACGAUCUUGCUCACAGGAGACUAUGCACUUUCCGGAAGGGACGUUGAUCUAAAUUACUUGGAAAGGACUAUUAAGGAAUUCACAAAGGGCGUCUUUGAGCAUUUCCCCCAACAGUCAACGGCACUGCUGCAGGGGCAAGGCCAAAUCAAUGCGGCAGGAGGGAUACAACUUCUGUUAGUCGUGGGGAACCACGACAUCCCUUUAGAGGCCCUACUUCCUCCGAAGCGUACAGAAGGGACAGAAGCACCACCUACUAUCGUUUUGUUGACUCGCGGCUUCAGUGGCAUUCUUCGGUACGAAGCCGGUGGAGAGGAUGUCGGUGCACUACUUCACAACGUUGGGGAAGAUGAAGCGGAAGAAGCGGACCCAGCUGGGCAGUUUGAGUGGCUGGAGGGAGAGCUCCGCUCUGCGCGAGCACGGAGACAGCAGGUCGUAAUCUGUGGGCACAUCAAGCCUUCGCUGUCUGUGCGAUUGAAUGAGCUUUCUUAUUUUGGUGAUAGCUGGGAAAGUCAAUAUACCGCCAGGGAAUUAAUUUCAGCGUAUUCAGAUGUGGUUGUUGCCCAGUUUUAUGGACACAGCCAUGAAGGGACGAUGGUAGCUCUUCUUCCCCCCGGCACCCAACCUUGGAAGGCCGCUGCAACUGCAGGCCCCCGCUGCAACCCCCUCCACCCCAAUUUGCCCACAGCUCUUUUCACUAUUCCUUCAGUAUCCCCCCAGAACGGCAACAACCCAACAAUGCGCGUGCUAGUGUUUGAUGAAAUGCAAGAUAAUCAUCAGCAACCAUACGAAUAUGGAGAACGAAGGGAUAUGGGUGCCACGUUGGGGGCUUACUUCCUAGCAGACUAUGCGCAGUACCAUUUACCCCUAUACGGGUUUGUCGGGCACUCAGGGUUUGGCAGAACAAAUCCAGCCUUCGAAUUUGAGUCUUCCUUUCAUGACACAUUUAGGCCUUUCCUUAGGUGCGCCAAGCCGCGGCAGCCCGGUUUGGAAGAUGCAGCAAACGGACGGAAAAACAGCUCCGCUUCCGGGGGCCAAAGAUGCAUUGAUGGAUCUACUGCUCUUCAAGUUGCAGAAGCUGUUGGGCGCUCUCCCUUUGCUUAUGCUGCCUACAAUAACCACCGCUAUGCUGGAGGCAAGGACGUUGCAAGCGCAGCAGUCAGCUGCAGCUCGCUAGCUUUGACAAAAGAAGAUUUUCUCGAGUGCAUUUCCCAGAUAAAAAUGGCAAAAUACGCGGCUUAG